UCUGUAUCGUUGCAUGCACCACAGCACCAGCAGAAGCUGCGACGCAGAGCGGAGAGCCAGAGACCGGACAAGUGAGUGCCCUCUGGGUCAUGGAGUGCAGCGUCGUUCUUCCUCUCCAUGGUGCCGGGGUUGGGGUCCGUCCGCGCGUCCUACCCACGCAGGCUUUCUGGGGGACAGAACGGCGGCGGCGGCGGCGUGUCUCGAGCUUCGUGGCGCCGGCGAGGUGCAGCAAGAUGUACGUCCCCGGUUUUGGAGAGGGCUCACCGGAGAAGAAGGCGGCAACGAAUCUGCAGCACUUCUUCAACUACGUGGCCGUCAGGAUUGUGCUUGCACAGCUUGAGAGUUACAACCGGGAAGCAUAUGUUGAGCUGAAGGAGUUCGUCAGCCGCACCUCCCUGAACGACGCUGAAACUUUCUGCAAAAACCUGAUACGCGAGUCUCCGAGGCACAAGGGACUAGCUAUGAGGAUUUUAGAGGUCCGAUCUGCUUAUGUCAAGACUGAUUUCGAGUGGGACAAUCUGAAGAAGUUAUCUUUCAAGAUGGUUGAUGAGGCCAAUACGAAGCUGAUGAGGGAUUACGUCUUGGAGGUCAGCCACAUCGAAGACGAAAACUAUAAGACAUAACUUCUCCGAGCAUUGCCAUGGUACCUUAUGGUAGAAUUGUAUAUAGAAGGUGUGUGUAUAUUAUGGAGCACUUGCGCAUGACACUUCAUAGCACAGAUACGGCACACAGCGGAUCAGCAAGUGGCAUGUACGUGGAACAUGGUUGUAUAUAUGUAGAUGGUCAACAUUGCAUGAAUAAAACUCUUCACAUGCAUGCAUGCACCAUGUUACCCAA